AUGAGUUCGGCGCCUCGGACUCGGACCAAGCCUUGCGAUCAAUGUCGAGAAAAGCAUCUCAAAUGCGAUAACGAGACUCCCUGUGCCAAUUGUAAAAAGGCUUCUAUCAGUUGCGCUCGAGCUAAAAGGUUCCGAAUCAAAAAGCUCAUCACGAGUGAAAACACAUUCAAGUUUGAUCCGAACCAGACAUGGAUAGAAACAUCGAAUCAAAAAAAAUCAAACGCAAUUUCCUUUGUCGACGAAACAAACUCUGCAUCUCGCCACUCCCGUUCAACCGCCGCCGCUGAAUCUCCGUCUUCCGAGAAUGAAUCUCAAUCCGAGAGUUUGGAUUUCGCUGCUUCUGUUUUGCAGACAUUAUCGAAAGGCAAUACGCAGAUAGAUGUCGAGCACGAACCGUCUGUGACCGGAGGACUUUCAGAAGAAGCCCCAGAUGCUUUUGGGGGGUCCCAUGGCCAUGAGGGCUUCCCUGCUGCACAAGACCUUUCUCAACUAUCGCUCAAUUCAUCACCAAGUGAACAGGCAACUAUUGCUCCUAAUCACUAUGGGACGGCAUCCCUUCCUGUCUUUUCAACCCAAUGGCAGCACUCAUCUCCUGAAGAUGAUACAGGAAAGUAUGUAAAUCCUAGCGGAGCUGACGAUCAGUCACCUUUUGGUGGAUACAGCUCCCAGCUAUAUCAGGCGGAUACUCUUCCUUCAAUGAUGGACCUGGAACUUCAUAAUCCUACUUCAUUGUUGAGCGCGAAUCCGUCUCAGCCGCUGAGCUUGGAGGAAGCUUGCUUGCUUCGCUGUUUCGUUGAGAAACUCGCAAGAGCUUUUGACACCACCGACAGGGAUCACCAUUACAUUUCAGUAUUUCCUCUUCGAGCCGUACAUAGCCCUCUUCUUCUCAACGCUAUCUGCACCGCCUCAGCUCGCUUCCUUACACGUGUCGCCUCGCUUCAAGACCCCGACAACAUCAUCGAGUACGCAGGCGUACAGCUUCCAGACCUCAACAUGGAAUCGGCUAUCCACUACCACAACAAGUGCAUCUCACAUCUCAUGGGGGUAUCAGCAGAUCCGAUCAACUCCUGUAGCGAUGAUGCUCUGGCUGCCAUUACCAUACUGAGGUAUCAUGAGCAAGUUGAUACACACUUUACUGGUACUGAUAACGAGACGUUCUCAAUUGCCGUUCGUGCCGUAUUCCAGGCUUCUCAGAACGACGCAGACGGGCUCCUGCACCUAAUUCUUCAACCUCCUCGCGGAUCAGAUGUCUAUGCAACCUCGCUUUCUUCUCUUCGGUUCUCAGCUUGCCUCAUUGCACUUCGACAAGAAAUUUGGUCCGUUCUCAUGCAUCGCCGUCCCUUCCGACUACCGAUUCUACCUGUUGAGAACUAUGGCAUCUUUGACGAUACCUUGGCUGCUGACGACUACGACUGGACUAACCGGGUGCUCAUUUGGUGUGCCCAUGUUCUCAAAUUCUGCUACCCAGAUGACAACGACGAACAGCCAGUCGACAACCGAGCUCGGUCCCAACAAUGGGAGGCUAUCAAAGACUUCCAGAGAAACUGGGAUGAGAAACGACCUCCUCAUUUCGCGCCCCUCUACUACCAAGAACGGAACCCAUCAGAAGGUCGAUAUUUCCCCGAAUACUGGAUAACCAGUCCAUGCCAAAUGCUAGCCCUCCAACACAUCGAAUUAGCACGUAUAGUCCUCGCCGUGCACGACACCAAAAUCCAACUCGGCAUCGGUGGCAGAGCCGCGCAUAAAGCACUAGAAGAGCUGAUGCGAGAAGCAACAAGACGUGUUUGCGGUUUGGCCAUGUCACAGAAGUGGUGCCAAGAGGGAAUGGUGACUGCUGCUGUUGGAUUGUCCAUGUGUGGCGAGUAUUUCCAAGAUCCGGGAGAACAGGCUGCGAUUAUGGAGUUGGUGACGUUGCUUGAGCGUGAUCAUGCUUGGCCGACUAGUACUUUGUUGAACAAGCUUUGGGAUACUUGA